ACGGGCAGAGGAGGAGCCGGGGCCGCCGAGCCCCGCCGCUGCCGGGGACGGUGCCGCCGCUACCGGGGCCGCUGCCGGGGCCGAUACCGUGGCCGGUGCCAUGCGGCCCUGGGCGCUGCUGCUGCUGCUGGGCGCGCUCCGGCUCGGCGCAGCCCCAGCCCGCAACGCGCUGCUGCUGCUGGCGGACGACGGCGGCUUCGAGAGCGGCGCCUACAACAACUCGGCCAUCCGCACGCCCGCCCUGGACGCGCUGGCCCGCCGCAGCCUCCUCUUCCAAAACGCCUUCACCGCCGCCAGCAGCUGCUCCCCCAGCCGGGCCAGCAUCCUCACCGGGCUGCCCCAGCACCAGAACGGGAUGUAUGGGCUGCACCAGGACGUGCACCACUUCAACUCCUUCGACGGCGUGCGGAGCCUGCCCCAGCUGCUCAGCCAGGCAAACGUCCGCACGGGGAUAAUUGGGAAGAAGCACGUUGGGCCUGGGGCCGUCUACCCCUUUGACUUCGCCUACACAGAGGAGAACAGUUCGGUCCUGCAGGUGGGGAGGAACAUCACCCGGAUCAAAGAGCUCGUCCGGCGCUUCCUCCAGAGCCAGGACACGAGGCCUUUCUUCCUUUAUGUUGCCUUCCACGACCCCCACCGCUGCGGGCACUCCCAGCCACAAUAUGGGGCCUUUUGUGAGAAAUUUGGCAAUGGAGAGAGUGGCAUGGGCCGGAUCCCCGACUGGAAGCCACAGCUCUACAGCCCGGAGGAAGUGCAGGUCCCUCCCUUUGUUCCAGACACGCCGGCUGCCCGGGCGGACCUGGCAGCCCAGUACACGACCAUCGGGCGCAUGGACCAAGGGAUCGGGCUGGUCCUGAAGGAGCUGCGGCGCGCUGGCUUCCUCAACAGCACUCUGGUGAUCUACACCUCCGACAACGGCAUCCCCUUCCCCAGCGGCAGGACCAACCUCUACCGGUCGGGCACGGCCGAGCCCCUGCUGCUCUCCUCCCCGGAGCACACCGGGCGAUGGGGCCAGGUCAGCCCGGCCUUCGCCAGCCUCCUGGAUGUCACGCCAACCAUUCUGGACUGGUUCUCCAUCCCCUACCCUUCCUACAGCAUAUUUGGCUCAAAGCGGGUGCAGCUCACAGGAAAAUCUCUCCUGCCGGCACUGGAGAAGGAGCAGCCCUGGGCCACCACCUUCAGCAGCCAGAGCCACCACGAGGUGACCAUGUACUACCCCAUGCGGGCCAUCCAGCACCACCAAUUCCGCCUCGUCCACAACCUCAACUACAAGAUGCCCUUUCCCAUCGACCAGGACUUCUACGUCUCGCCCACUUUCCAAGACCUGCUGAACCGCACGAGGGCCGGGCAGCCCACCCACUGGGACAAGACGCUGCAGCAGUACUACUACAGGGAGCGCUGGGAGCUCUUUGACUGCAGCCAGGACCCCACCGAGAGCCACAACCUGGCCCCCGAUCCCCGCUACGCUGCCGUCUUCCAGAUGCUUCGCACGCAGCUACUCAAGUGGCAGUGGGACACUGGGGACCCCUGGGUGUGCGCCCCCGAUGCUGUCCUGGAGGAGAAGCUGAGCCCACAGUGCCAGCCGCUGCACAACGAGCUGUGAGCGCCCGGUGCUGCCCCGGGACCGGCCC